AUGGUGUCUUUGGGUGACGUCACAGAAUUAGGAGGAUGGGAUGUGGUGAUUUUUGUGUUUGUGGUUUACGUGGUUUUUGUGGUGUUCUUGAAGAAGCCUGCUAAACACAUACGUCCGGAUGGGGAGGAGGAGGCAUCGAAUGCUCUUCCACCUAUAAAGAAGAGAGAUUUUACGGUAGAACAAUUGCUUCCCUUUGAUGGUGUGCAAAAUGAACGAAUUCUUAUGGCUGUUUGUGGAAAGGUAUUUGAUGUAACGAAAGGAAGCUUAUUUUAUGGUCCUGAGGGUGCAUAUGGGAAAUUAGCAGGCCAUGAUGCCACGCGAGCAUUGGCAAAGAUGGAUCUCACCUUGGUUAAAGACACUCCAGAUGAUUUAAGUGAUAUCUCGGAUUUAGAUCUUCAUACAGCUAGAGAGUGGAUGCAGUCAUUCAUCUGCAAAUAUCCCGUUGUAGGGAAAUUAUUAGCCGAGGGAGAAGAGCCGACCGAUUACAAGGACGAAUUGGCAUCGCUGAGAAAUAUGGCAUUUAUGUAUCCAAUGCAUUUUCCAACAGUGCCAUUACGAUGGGAUGAAUCAGCGUGGGCAAUUCCAUGUACAGAUGCAGUUGAUGAAAUCUUGCUUUCAAGGCUAGAAUCACGUAUUAGUGCGCAGUCUAUAUUUACUCAAAUGCGUUCGGUACCAAAUGUUAUAUCUGGAAGCACUUUACUACAAGAAAUUGAUGAUCUAGAAGAGGAUGACGAAGAAGUAGCUGAUGAAGAUGAUGAACAAAAUCAGUAA